AUAUACAUUUUUUUAGGUCUACUUCUGUUGUUUGUGUUUUAUUAACACACUUAGGCUUGCUAGUCGAGCUCACUUCUGAUUAGCUUAUUACCCAUUAAGCAACACUCAGGCACACCAGCCCUUUAACGCGUUACACACACCAACAGGCUUUCAAAGUGGUUGCGUCAGAUGGAGAGUAUUAAAGUGCUGAGUCAGCUCAGCAGGGACAGGUGGAUGGAGGAAUGGAUGGAGGUGGAUCAGGAUUUGACACCAUCAGCCUGCAAUCAAGACACACAGUCAGAAAGUAAAACCUGCUCAUGUAUUUCCAUUCAGGGACAAUUAGAAAACUAAACCACUGAACCUGACUGAGGAACCGGCUGGUUUUUCACUGAACCCUGUGAUUGAUCUACGUGUGCUUUCAGUGUCGUCUUCAAUGUGAACCCUGAGAACUCUGAGAGGACAGAUGAGCUGCCUCGGCUUUGAGUGAGGUUUGUUUGCUGUGAUCAUUUGUGCUGCUCGUGUGUUUUUCACUAACAGGUGAUGGUGAGCCGGUUCAAACUUUCCAUGCAGUGGAAAGCACACCGUCUGGGUCUCCUGUUUAUCAGAUAUUUGGUGCUUCCUAACUGUUGUUAUUUGAAUAUUAAACAUACUAAAGUUGACCUUUGAGUCAAAGGCGAGGUUGAAAAAGACCUAUAAGAAUGGUGAGAAGUGAAGAGGGGAGGGAGGGCUCCACUGACAUGAAAUAGCUGAGAGUCUGAACCGCAAGUUGAAUUAUAAUGUGAAAAACACUGACUACAGAGUAAGGAAAGAGUGAGGUGGAAAUCGUACAGCUGUGUAAUGAAGCUUUUUCCUGCUUGAUUUCAUUAAUCCUUUAACAUUUGUAGGUUCAGCUUCCAAUAUUUAUCUCAUGGAUAAAGUUUAUGUACAUAAUUAUGAAUAAGAAAAGAGUCCAUGUGAAAAUGGUGAAGGAGCUACUUGAUUCAAGAAGUAUCUGACACACAGAAACAGCUUUAACUUUUGUUCAUUGUAGAUGGUCCUUGAGCCACAUUCAUGGAUUUGAGAAUUCUGUGGACGGUUUGACAAAUAUCAGUGGACACACACAUAAAACAUGGCACACCCUCUCUGUUUAGAAGACAUCAAUGUGUGUAAAGACGAAUUUUGUAUGUAUCACACUUUCAUGCAAGAGGCCCAAACAGUGACACUGGUGUUGCAGCAGUUUGUAGUUCAUGGCAGCGUUGGGACUGUGGUUCCUCGGUUGUUUCUAAAGAGCUUAACGAACUUCCUCUUAUCUGUGAGUGAGAGUUUCUACUGUCCCAUUGCUCUGAGUAUUGGUCAGUCUACUGAGUGCUGUUAAACAAAUCCUUUUUAAGCUGCAAAGAGAAACUACAAGCUGUAUUCUAUAAAAAGUGGUUAUCCUUCAGUUAGCCAACCCCAGAAGGUUGCAGUGUCAACAGAACACAGAGUCUGUGUCUGUGUCUCCAUCUGUCUCUAUUAAUUCUUUCAAUUUGUAUUAAAACAUUGUGAAUUAUUUCGAUUUUCUGUCUCAUUUCAGCCUGAUCCAGCUAAAAACUACAAGGUUUAGGAGGAGAUGGAGAUGGAGCCAGUGAAGGAGAACAUCUCCUCACACAAAUAUUUCUUCCUGGUUGGCUUUGGUGAACUCGGAGAGCUGAGGCCGUUCCUCUUCAUCCCGUUCUCCUUAAUGUUUGUUGUGUCACUGUUUGCUAACUCCCUGCUGGUGUACGUGAUCGUUUCACAGAGAAGCCUCCACUCGCCGAUGUACAUCCUGAUUGCCAGCAUGGCAUGCAUUGACCUCAGCCUCCCUGUAUUCUUUGUUCCCCACAUGCUGCUGAGCUUCCUGUUUGACUGGAGGGGGAUCUCUUUGGGUGCCUGCCUUGUUCAGAUGUAUUUCGUUCACUUGUUAGGAGCCUUUCAGUCCACUCUGCUGCUGUGGAUGGCUCUGGAUCGUUACUUUGCCAUCUGCACACCACUCUACUAUCAAGAACAAAUGGCUUUGGCAAAAUUUCUUAAAUUUGUGAUCCCACUUUUCAUCAGAAAUAUGUUUGUUGUCUUGGUGGUGGUCAGUCUGGCUGGAAAAUUGCCAUUCUGUCUGAGAAAUGUGAUAAACCACUGCUUCUGUGAGCACAUGGCCUUGGUGGAGUUGGCCUGUGGAAGCACCAUCAUUAACAGUGUGGCUGGGUUGAUCACAGUCUUCUCUGUCCCCGUGACUGACUUCUUCCUCAUCACUGCCUCUUACACAGUCAUAUUCAGCUCUGUGUUGAGCUCAGGAAAGGCAAGUGCCAAAGCUCUUCACACCUGUGUUACACACAUCGUAGUCAUGACUGUUAGUCUGACCAUCAUACUUACAGCUUUCCUGUCAUAUCGAAUAAGAAACAGUCUCCCUACAGCCAUUAGGAUUUUCUUCAGCAUAAUGUACCUGUUGUUUCCAAGCUUUUUCAACCCGAUCAUCUACGGCAUCAGAACUACUGAGAUCCGACAGCACAUCCUGAAAACACUGAAAAUCUGAACUUUUCUUAAGAACCACUCAGCUGUUGGUCAUUUUAACCUGGUUGUGUUUCAGAGUGAUUGGUAUGAGCUUUAAAGUAAAUCAAACGACUCAAUUUUGCAAUAUGUCCAUGUCCAGAGAUGUACAGAGUACCUUUGAAAAUAUAUAUCUUUUUAACAAUAUGAUGAAUAUGAAUUGUUAAUACUAGCAAAA